AUGUCUGAAAUAAGUUCUCUGUUGUCUCGAAGAGGGCUACUUAAAGGCCAACUGACUCGUUUUAGUAACUUCGUUCAAACCGCUCAAGCGACAGGAGAUAUAGAUGUUUUACAAUUAAAAUUAAGAAAAGAAAAAAUAAAUGAAGUUUGGCAAGAUUUCGAAACAGUACAAACUUCUAUUGAAGAGAUUGGUGCUAAUGAGGAAACUGAAAAAUAUAGAACUAGUUUUGAAGAUUUAUAUUUUGAGAGUGUUGCCGUUUGCGAGAGUUUAAUUAUCAAUCAUACCGAAAAAUCGUCAAUUAAUGAUAGCAGUAACAAAAAUAGUGAUAAUGGUGAAAUUAAUGACAGUUUAAAGGCAAGUACCGUUUCAACUGGUGCGUCGAAAUUUAUGCCAAUGGUUAAAUUAGCUCCCUUAGAAAUACCAAAUUUCACCGGUAUUUAUUCCGAAUGGUCAGCUUUUCACGAUAUAUUUUCCGCGUUAGUACAUCAAAAUCCGUCUCGUACAGAUAUACAAAAAUUCUUUUAUUUGCGUUCGUCGGUGUCUGGUGACGCACAAAAAACUAUUCAAUUUUUAGACACUACGUCAGAUAAUUAUAAAAUCGCGUGGGACGCUUUAAUUUCGCGAUACAGUAAUAAAAAACUCGCUGUACAACUUCAUACGAAAAAGUUAUUCGAUUUAGAAAGUAUAAAUAACGAAUCAUCAACCGAGUUGCGUAAGCUCGUGGAUGCGAUUAACGGUCAUAUUAAAGCUCUCGUGUCGUUAAGCCAAAACCCAAUGGAAUGGGGAUCGCUUCUUUUACAUCUUAUUUCUAUAAAACUGGACGCAACCACAUUAAGACAGUGGGAAAUAGAAUCGUCGAAGUCGGAAGUCGCAUCGGUAAAUAAAUUAUUAGAAUAUUUAGAAAAUCGGUGUCAGAUACUAGAAGCCAUAGAAGCGUCGGGAGGACUAAAAAUAGUACAGCCCCAGCAGCGUCAAUUUCAAAAAAAUAACUUCAAGUUUAAAAAAUCUAAUGAUCAAUCGUCUUCAUUUAUCGUUACGGGAACUUUGAAAUGCUAUAACUGUGAUGGCGCACAUACUAUUUAUAAAUGUUCAGCCUUAUUAGCGUUAUCAGUAUCUGAUCGUAUAAAACGAAUAAGCGAAUUAAAGCUUUGUAAAAUUUGUCUUCGAAAUCACAUCGGUGAAAAAUGUACUUCACGGCGAUGUGCUAAAUGUAUGAAAGCGCAUAAUAGUUUGCUACAUUUACCUAAGUCUAAAUUGAGCACGGCGGGCGGUUCCGAAAAUGCAACGUCGUCCCGAAUAACAAAUACUGUCCCGAACGAGUCAAAGGAGAAAAACUCACACAAUCUCGAAUCUAUUAGUGCUCAUUCAUCCCAACAAAGUUCAAAUAAACAAAUUUUAUUAUCAACUGCAGUUGUAAUCAUGAGAAACGCGCGUGGGGAAUCAACAGUAUGUCGUGUAUUACUAGACUCGGGAUCUCAAAGUAACUUUAUGUCUGAAUCUAUAUCUCAAACGUUAAAAUUAAAUAAAAAACGCGUCUCGUGUACAAUAAUCGGUAUAAACGAAUCAGCCCAUAAUGCAUCUUAUGUAGCAUCGGCUAAUAUUGAAUCACGUGUGUCCAACUACAAAGUAAAUAUCGAUUUUUACAUAUUACCACGCUUAACUGGGAACAUUCCGUUAUCUAAAAUCGACGUAUCUAGAUUUCAAAUUCCGGCUGAAUUUAAAUUAGCUGAUCCGUGUUAUAGUGAACCACAAAAAAUCGACGCUAUUUUAGGUUCGGAAGUAUUUUAUGAUUUAUUGCGUGCAAAUCAGUUUAAGCUUCCUCAAUCCAAUUUAAUUAUGCAAGAAACACAAUUGGGUUGGAUUGUAGCUGGAUCAACAGUAGCACGUGAAGAUAUCAGUAAAACUUCAACCGUCGCAUUAUGCACAAGUUUAUCGAAGCUCGAGGAACAAGUUUCAAAAUUUUGGCGCACAGAAGAAAUUGGUUCAAAGACAGUGUUCACAUUGGAAGAAAAGGCAUGCCAUGAACAUUUUGAAAAUACUGUGCAACGAGAUGAAAAAGGCAGGUUUGUUGUUCAGCUGCCAUUUCGAGACAAGGCAUCAAAAUUAGGUGAUGCUAAGUCAACAGCUACACGGCGUUUCCACGGUCUUGAAAAAAGAUUAUUAUCCAGCCCUCGACUCAAAAUUGAGUACUCGAAAUUUAUGAAAGAAUAUGAGGAUUUAGAACAUAUGACUAGAGUUGAGCCGUGUUCAAAUUCAAACAUCAAAGAAAGUUAUUAUUUACCUCAUCACGCGGUUUGGAGAGAGGACAGCGUAACUACUAAAUUAAGAGUAGUAUUCGAUGCAUCAUGCAAGACUACAUCGGGAGUCAGUUUAAAUGACGUCUUGCUAAAGGGCCCCUGCAUUCAGGAGGAUCUUAUAAAUUUAUUAACUCGUUUUCGUAAACAUAGAUAUGCAAUGACUGCUGAUAUCUCCAAGAUGUACCGUCGAAUAUGGGUCUCUCCAAAUCACAGAACCUUUCAGCAAAUAGUUUGGAGACCAAACCCAGAUCAAGAACUGCAUCGAUUCCAGUUAAAUACAAUAACAUACGGCACAGUUCCUGCAUCGUUUCUUGCGACCGCGUGUCUACAUCGUUUAGCAGACGAAGAAUCAAAUGUGUAUCCAGACGCUUGCAACGCGAUUAAACAAGACUUUUACAUGGAUGAUUACCUGGGUGGUGCCGAGUCUUUACAGGAGGCAAUAAAAUUGCGAGACGAUAUCAUAGAAGUGUUACUAAAGGGUGGAUUCGAACUUAGGAAAUGGACAGCUAGUGAUCCCGCACUUCUUACCGGUCUUGCAAACAAAGAAAACGAUCCGACAUUAAUCUUGGACUUAUCCGAAAAUUCAGCCAAAAUUUUAGGUCUUCGAUGGGAUCCGUCAGGUGACAUUUUUAAGUAUAAAGUAAAACUUUCCGAAAGAAAAACUAUUGUAACCAAACGUCAAAUAUUAUCAGAAAUAGCGACUAUCUUUGACCCGCUAGGUCUAAUAAGUCCUGUAGUUAUUAAAGCAAAAAUAAAAAUGCAACGUUUAUGGGCGAUGGGCAUCGGAUGGGAUGAAACAUUGCCAGAAGAGACAAUGUUGGAUUGGUACAACUUUCGUGAAAGCUUAUUAUUAUUAAACAAUUUAGUUAUACCGCGAUGUAUCGUAAUUCCUGGGCAAAUUGUAGAUGUCCAAAUACAUGGAUUUUCAGACGCGUCGAUUGAAGCGUUUGGCGCUUGUUUGUAUCUCGUAACAUUAAACAAUGAAGGCAAACGUAGCUCUCGUUUAAUUUGCUCUAAAUCACGCGUGGCGCCCCUAAAAUCGAUCUCGCUACCACGCCUGGAAUUAUGCGGAGCCGUCCUUUUGGCACGUUUAGCUGACAAAAUAAUUACAAAACUAAAAAUGAAUAUCAGUCUAAGAACAUUCUGGACGGAUUCUUCAAUAGUUCUUGCCUGGAUCUCUUCCCCGUCGGCGCAGUGGAAGACAUUUGUCGCUCAUAGGGUUGGCGAAAUACAAGAAACAACAUCGAUAUCCGAAUGGGCGCACGUAGACACCAAAGACAACCCGGCUGAUAUUAUUUCUCGUGGACGAGAACCUCAAAUAAUAUUAAACGAUAAUUUUUGGUGGGAAGGUCCUAAUUGGCUUCAAUGGGAUUCAUCCAAAUGGCCACAUACAAAUAAAAAACAAAUCGACUUUAAUACAAUUGAAGAACGUCGAACAAUUAGUUUGCUUACGUCUGAAGAACCAAAACUAUCAUUUUUAUCUCGUUAUUCAACUUGGAGUCGGCUUUUACGUAUAGUAGCUUUAUGUUUACGAUUUAUUUAUAACACUGCUCAUCCUGAAGACAAAAAAACGGGUCCUCUGCUUCCCUAUGAUUUAAAUAAUGCGAUCAAUAGCGUUAUUCGAUUUGUUCAAGAUGAAAAUUGGUCUAGCGAAAUUUCUGACUUAAAGAAAAACGGACGAUGUUCUCCGAAAAGUAAUAUCUUUCGGUUGUGUCCUUUCCUUGAUGAAAACAACAUUCUCAGAGUUGGAGGACGUCUAAAGAACGCGAGUCAGCUCGAUAAAUUUCAAAAAUAUCCGAUGCUUGUUCCUCCAAAUAGUCCAAUUGUUCAUUUACUAUUUCAGGAUGCUCAUGAGAUAUUAUUGCACGGUGGUCCGCAGUUGAUGUUGGCACACGUAAGGCAACGUUUUUGGCCCAUAAAUGGCCGAAAUAUAGCGCGUAAAGUUUUAUCCAAGUGCGUGAGAUGUUUUCGUCUUAAGCCUACAAUUUUCCAACCGAUAAUGGGUAACCUACCCAAGCUACGAAUCGAACCAAGUCGUCCUUUUUCGGUCUGUGGUGUCGAUUUCGCGGGGCCGUUAAUGAUAAAAACAAGCCUAAGACGAAACGCGGCUCUCAGCAAGGGAUAUAUUUGUGUAUUUAUCUGUUUUGUAACGAAAGCAGUGCACAUUGAACUGGUUGGGGAUUUAACAAGUGCAUCGUUUAUAAGUGCAUUAAAAAGAUUUUGCGAUCGAAGAGGAAAAUGCACGGAUAUUUAUUCAGACAACGCAAAAAAUUUUGUUGGAGCAAAUCGUCAACUUCAAGAGUUAAGCAACUUGAUUCAUACCGAAGAACACCAAUCAAAAUUGCAGAAUGUAUUAUCUGAAUCAGGUAUCCGCUGGCACUUUAUACCACCUCGCUCCCCUCACUUCGGUGGAUUAUGGGAGUCUGCAAUAAAAUCCAUUAAACAUCAUCUAUUUCGCACUUUAGGCAACGCAAACUUCACAUACGAAGAACUUAAUACUAUUUUAAUACGAGUGGAGGCAUGCUUAAACUCACGACCUUUAGUUCCUUUAUCUUCCGAUCCCUCGGAUCUCACUCCUUUAACUCCUGGUCAUUUCCUUAUUGGCGACGCUUUAACCGCUUUACCCGAAACUGAUGUAUCAUUAGUACCAACCAAUCGAUUAACUAGAUGGCGCAGAGUCAUGCAGGUUUCCCAGCAAAUCUGGUCCCGUUGGAGCCGCGAGUAUCUAACACAGCUUCAGGAACGUAAACGGUGGUCUGUCGAUAAGGGUCCAAGGAUAAAAAUCGGUUCUAUUGUCCUCGUGAAGGAUGAUAACAGCCCACCUCUUCAGUGGAAAUUGGGUCUUGUUCAAGCUCUCCACGUGGAUGCAAAUGGGGACGGUGUUCCAAGGGUUGCUACCGUAAAGACCCCCAGUGGUAUAUAUCGUCGUGCUAUUAGGUAUCUAUGCCCACUUCCUUUCGAAGGUAAUUGUGUUCCAGGUGAUCAAAAAUAA